AUGAUGAAGAUGGGAGAAGAAAAGAAGGAAGAAAGGAGGACGAAGAAGAAUUUAUCACAAAAUCCCGAAGAGGACGAAGAGGAUUAUUGGAAGAGACAAGCAGGGCCGGAUCUUCGGCUGCGAAACGUCGCCAAGGGCAGCAAGGGCCUUCAUUUGAAGAAGUACUUGGAAGACGCAGAAGAAGUAAAGCUGUACUGGCAAAUUGGAUACUCAAAAAAGGGGCCUAAGGGGGAGCAGCAGAUAUCAAAAGACGAUGGAAAAGAGACGCCGGCAUAA